UGUCAUUGGAUGAAUGAAUUGGAGCUGUGUUCUGUUGUAUUUAGUUGUUUCUUCUUUGCUUAUUUAAUUGAAAAAUUAAUAUUUCUAUAUCUGUACCGAAUCGUGGGUUAUCGAGGUCAAAAUCAAACGAUGGACAAGCCUUUGGGAGUUGAGGACUUCGCUGCUAUGGAGGGCCAGCUUCGGGGGUGUGUGGAGGCCGACAAGCACUACUGGCAGGUCAACGACGUGAAAUGCGACGCCAUACAUACCGCCAAGACCUAUGAGGAGUUUGCGGACCGCGUGGCCGCAGCCCACUUGAGGCCUCUAGAAAAGGCCGACUACAAGCAGAAGACACCGAGAGGAUGGAACCAGUUCGCUGCCGGUUCGAAGCGUCAAACGGAAUAGAAAUGGCUUAAAUUAUGUUGAUUAUCUAUCAUAAUAAAU